AUGCAGAAGAUGGUGGCUCUCAGGUCCCUAUAUCGUGCAGCUUCUUGUAGAUCUUUGAUAGGCUUUGCAUCUGUUGCCGGCAACCAGCUCCUUCACCAUCAAUCAGCUCCUCGAUCCCUAUUCACUCUCUCGUCCGCCACCGCUUCUGUGGAUCGCAUCCCUUUCGGUUCCUGGUCUCCUCUGGCAAUCAACAUUGGUAGUAAAAGGUCUUAUAGUGAGGAUGUAGCACACUUGCCCGAGAUUAAGGACCCUGAUGUCUUAUGUGCUUUCAAGGACUUGAUGGCUGCAAGUUGGGAUGAACUUGACGCUACAGUCAUCCAUGAUGUGAAGAAUGCUCUGCCCAAGAACUCUGAUGACAAAUCCGGUCAAGAGAUCUUGAAGAAUAUUUUCCAGUCAGCUGAAGCUGUCGAAGAAUUCAGUGGGAGGGUCAUGUCUCUAAAGAUGGAGCUAGAUGACAGUAUUGGGAUGAGUGGCGAGGUAUGCUGGCCUUGGGUUCAAAGAUGAUAUUUUUGAAGAUGAAAUAUGCUGGCCUUGGAUCAGAGUGGGGCAAGGUAUUAAGACUU